CGGCAUGGACGGCGAGGCGGCGCCCGUGUCGCUGCACAACUUCAGCGCGCGGCUGUGGGAGCGGCCGGUGCACUUCCACGUCAUGCGGCUCACCGGCUCGCUCUUCCUCUGGGUGGGCGCCGCGCCGCAGCUGCGCAACCUCGCCGUGGCCGUGUGCAGCCGCUACGACUCCAUCCCGGUGGCCACCUCACUCUUUGGAGACGCUUCUGACACAGCCUCGGCGAGCCUGGCACAGCGCUUAGCCAGGAAGACCAGCAAGCAGGUGUUCGUCAGCUACAACCUCCCGAACACCGACAGCAACUUUGCCCUGCUCGUGGAGGGCAGGAUCAAGGAGGAGAUGGAGGCCUUCCCCGGAAAGUUCUAGCUCGGAGCCUCCCUGCCAGGCUUCAGAACAGGUGCCCGUCUGUGCCCGAUGCUGCUAAAUAAACGCUUUCCCUCUGGUCA